UCAUAGUGGGAAAUAGUGUUUCCUUAUUGGGCUUAUAGUUCAUAUUUUGUUCGUACUUGUCCUUGAAAUCAUAUGUGCUCUAAGCAAAAAGUGAUAAUCGAUGUAAUGUAGUCUGAUAAUGUUUUAUAUAAAAUAGAAAUAAUAAGAACCUACUGUGAAAACGAAUUUUAUCUGUUAGCGGUUAAGUCAAUUAAAUGGGUCAAAUAUUCAAAAGUUUACGUAUACGAUCGUGUAGUUAUGUAAAAGUCAAUAAAAGUGUGUUUUGUCAAGUUUGAGCAUAUCAAUAUUUGAGAAUAUUUGAAUAUUAAUUUGAGAAAUUGAAAGAAAAGAAAAUAGGACUGUCUUAUCGUACAAGAACCAUAAAAAACAUAAAUACGUAAGAAUGUUUUUUUCACGUUUUAUUAGAAAGCUAGAUCCAGCAACAAAAGAAAAAAUAAGAUUGAGAUUAGCUAUGCUUUAUGCAGCAAUAGCUUGGAAUGGAUUUGCAAUUGGUAUAUAUAUGAUAUCUAAUAGACAUCGUGAAUCUCCUGGCGUACCGAAAGGUUUCACUAGAAUACUUGGUUCUCAAACAGAGGAAAGUCAAGUCAUUCGGAUUAAAGGAUUUAAUGUUGUAGAAAGAACUGUAUAUGAUAAAAAGCAACUUAAUGAAAUUCGUCAGAAUAUUAUAAAUCCUCCUAAUACUGCUAAUGAUGAUGAUGAUGAUGAUGAUUCAGACUUCUAAUUUUUAAUUGAUAAACAAUUAAAAGUUUUUAUUUUAUUGUAAAGCAUGAUAAUAAGAGAAUAGAUGUAUAUAAUAUUAAAAUAUAAUUAAAAUAAUAAGUAUUAUUUGUUAUUUACAAAUUUAAAGAAUAUCAAGACAUUCGUUGACAUAUUAAUUUAACAAAGGAACCAAUAACUCAGUCAAUAACAAUAGAUAAGUUGCCUGCAAUCAUAUCGUGUAAAACUUAAGGAAGAGAUCGUCGUAAAGCUAUUGCACCUGAUGAAGAAUUUCCCGUUUCAGGAUUCAAAUCUUUCAAUCUUUGUUCCAUUUCACAUAACAAAGCUGACCUAUUGAAAUUCGUCAUAUUAUUUAUUUAUAUAAAUUAACUUGCACAAUAUACUAUAAAAUUAUUUUUAUAUUGCAAACCUGUAUUCUUCAUAUCGCAUAACAACUUCUUCCAAUUCUUGUUUGUAAAGUCUUGUUAGCAUUGCAUUGAAGCAAUCAAGUUCUGGUAAACGGAAAAGCUCCCAUCGUAAUUUACGAUCUAAUGCGAUGGAUGCUCUACUGUACACAUACAACCAAUGAGGAAUUUCUUCAUUAAGGUAUGGAUUUGCUGGUACUAAAACACUGUGAGAAUGAAAGUGAGUAUGUCUAGGAGGUGACACUACUCUUAUAGCUUGUACUUCAUGCGGAUAACAUGGAUGUUCAUAUUGUGCUUGUCUCGUUAUGUGACUGCAAAUAAUACGAGAUUAUUAUUUAUACGUAUAGGAUGAAGCAUGUAAUAUAUAAUAUAGCAAUGAUCACUAAUCACUCACUUAACAUAAUAGACACCAUAUUCUGGUGAUUCUAUUCUUUCCCACCCAGUAGGCAAACCUUCUUUUUCUAGAGGAUGUGACCAAUGAGUAGUUUUUGUAUUAUGAUCUAUGUAAUACUUUCUACCUCUAAGUGUAAAAUCUACCGACCAACCAGGUGGUAAAGGUAAUUCUUCUUGUUGUUCGCUUCUAGAACUCGAUCUUUCUGACUGACAUCUACUAUAUCUUUAAAAAUGUUCACAUUGUUUUAAUAAAAUAAUAAUAAGAAUAUUAUUACAUUAAUAUUUCAAUUAA